AUGGCAGUCCCUUCCAUGGCAACUCCUAUCCCUGGCAUCCGCAAUGCCGUCAAGCCGAUUCAUCAUGUGAUGCGAUGGAGCUUAGAGAUCUUCCUCGGAAGCACCACAACGCUUUCUUUUAAUCCACAACAAUCUGUCCUCUCAGGUUAUGUGGGAACUGCCAAGCUUGCUGAUGCAAAGGAGGUCCUGAAAGGUAUCCAGCAGGAGCCAGGUGUGCAGUAUCCGGUGUUAAUCCCUAACCUCAGAGGAUUUGAGGCUGCUAUUGCAGCUGGGGCAAAAGAAAUUGCGGUUUUUGCAUCCGCCUCUGAAUCCUUCUCUAAGUCGAACAUUAACUGUACCAUUGAGCAAAGCCUUGUUCGGUACCGUGAUGUUACAGCAGCUGCCAUGAAACAUGGACUAACUAUCCGGGGGUAUGUUUCACGUGUGAUUGGUUGCCCUGUUGAAGGCGCAAUCGAUCCAUCGAAAGUGGCAUAUGUAGCUAAGGAGCUUUACAACAUGGGCUGCUCGGAGAUUUCACUUGGCGACACAACUGGUGUUGGGACACCAGCUGUCAUGGCGUUUGUUCCACUAGACAAGAUUGCUGUUCAUUUUCAUGAUACAUAUGGGCAAGCCCUCGCCAACAUCCUUGUCUCCCUUCAAAUGGGGAUCAACGUAGUGGACUCAUCAGUGUCAGGCCUUGGAGGCUGCCCAUAUGCAAAGGGCGCCACUGGCAAUGUUGCCACAGAGGAUGUUGUGUACAUGCUCCAUGGCCUGGGGAUAAAGACCAACGUCGACCUCAACAAGCUCAUGGAGGCUGGUGAUUACAUUUCCAAGGAAUUGGGCAGGCCACUGGGUUCCAAGACUGCGACUGCUCUGCGCAAGCUAACUACCUGA